GCCCCAACCUUUUUCAACUCGGACAACUUCGACAACUUCAACAUCUUCGAACUUCCCUUAACUCAUUUAAUCUCCAUCUACUUGAACCCGAGGUAAAGCAAAGUAAUCAAAUUCUCGUUACAUUCGUAGCGACUUCUACCUUCUGCCACAACUCUCUCCAAAAUAUUAUCGGAGUUCAUAAGAGCUCUAGACUUUACGUGACGGUCGCAGAUCCGUAGUCGCGAUAGAUUCGUUCAUCAAAUUUUCAUCGUAGCCCAUAAUCUGGAAUCGAGCUGGUGAAAAGUCAAAUCAUAGAGAGUAAUCUAGAUUUAAUUGUCACCUCGUCGAUAUCAAUUCGUCGCGUUGAUUUGAAGAACUGAGUCCAUAUCUUCAGUGGUUGGGAAGUCAUAUUCAUUAUGUCUUCCGCCGUAGCAGAAUUAGAAGCCGGCCUUCAAGCCAUGGUACAAUUAAAACCUCCUGGUGUAUCAGGAUCUCGAAUUCAAGGCCUUACAAACCUCUGCACUCAAAAUAUCCAGCAAGAAUCCGCUCUGGUUCAGAAAUUAUAUGUUCACUUUAAAAAGACACCUGGCACCCACAAGCUUGGCACCCUCUACGUCGUAGACUCUGUAACUCGAAAAUGGACCGAACAAGCCAAACUUGCUCAACAAACCAUAAAUAGUUCUGCCCCGGAUGGCACAUAUGCUGCUGGUGUACAUAAAGUAAAGGAAUUGCUCCCCGCUUUUAUGAACGACAUAAUCCAAUCUGCUCCCGAUGAUCAAAAGGACAAGAUUAAAAAACUAGUUGAUAUUUGGGAAAAGGGACAAACCUUCCCUGCGCAAAUGUUGAAUGGAUUCAAAGACAAGUUGAAUGCUGAAUCUACAACACCUCCAGGAAGUCCUCCAAAAGAUCUUCAAGGAGCCUUAGGUUUACAGCCAUCUUCAGCAACUUCGACUAUGGCACCUCCACAACAAGUUUCCGUUCCCCCUAACACAUCUUCGAUUUUAGCAGCUCUCGCAAACAUGUCAAAUACUGCCCGUCAAAAUGCUACACCUACGCCGGUUGCUUCUACCCCACCUGUUAAUUCAUACAAUGUAUCACAUGCGCAGCAUAAUCCCAUUCAACCACCUCAAGCAGUAACCCAAAGCUUGCCAUUUUCAGUUGCUCCUCAACCUGUAAAUGCCCCGGCUACUUCGAUGCCUGCUUAUGGUCAGAGUCCAAGUAAUGGAAUGCCGAACUUUGCCAGUAAUCCAAGUCCUUUCCCAGGUGCAGCACCAAUGAAUCCUCCCGGUAAUCUCGAUCCAGCUACGCAACAACAGGUAGCUUUAAUCAAGGCACUUGCAGCUACUGGUGUUCCAGCUGAGCAAAUUGCUGGUAUCUUAGCAGCCAUGGGUAACCAAGGAGCUGCAGCCGCUGCACCACCUCCAUUUGCUCAAAAUCAAAAUACUCAUGCUCAAAAUAAUUGGAGUGUCAGAGAUGAUGCACGUGACCGAAAUGGUUUCCACGAUUCUAUGAGAUCACCACCUGGACGUUACCGUCGUCGUUCUAGAUCCCCAUCUCCUCAACGUGGCUGGGGUGGUCGUGAUUCUCCAACUGCUCGCCGUCGUGAUGAUUUUGAUAGGGAAUCUCCAGCACGUAUGAGAGGUUCUGAGGAUCGCGGUAGAGGUGGACGCGGCCGAGGUAAUGAUUACCGCCAACGUAGCCCCCAACGCCGUCGCAGCAAUACACCUCCCAGAACAAACACCAGUGGACCCAAGUGGGUUGGACACGACGCUUCGAUUGGUAAAGGAAACAUUAAAGUUCUCAGUCGCACUUUGUUUGUUGGUGGAGUUACUUCUUCUGAGCAUGAAUUGAAGGGACUCUUCAAUCAAUAUGGUGAUGUGCAAACUUGCAUUGUUAACAAAGAAAAGCGCCACGCUUUCGUCAAGAUGGUCAGUCGUGAGCAUGCUGUUAAAGCUAAAGAGGCCAUGGAAAAGAACAGAAGUCCCGAUUCUUCAUUGAGAACUCGUUGGGGUGUUGGCUUCGGACCACGUGAUUGCAGUGAUUAUCAAACAGGUAUCAGCAUCAUUCCGAUUAGCAAACUCACGGAUGCCGACCGAAAGUGGAUGCUUAAUGCAGAAUUUGGUGGCAGUGGUGGCCAAGAAAUUGAACCUGGUAUGGUUGUCGAAGAGCCUGAUAUUGAAAUUGGUCAAGGUGUUUCGUCUAAGGCAAUUAGCCGUCGCAUGCAAACCGACAGCGGUGGUAAGAAUGGUCCAAAAUCUGGCGCUCGUGAUUACGAGGAGGAUGAGAGACCUCGUUAUCGUCGUGAUCGAGAUGACCGUCGGGAUGACCAUCGGGACGAAGGUCACAAAUUCCCUGCCAAUACAGUUCCUCCGGUUAUGCCCCCAUUCCCAUUGGGCUCAUUCCCUUAUCCUCUCCCAACACUUCCUAAUGGUAUGCCAAUGUUUCCCCCAGGAUUCACUUUCCCAGGCGCACCUCCACCACCUCCACCAGGAACAUAGUUCAUGUUACAUAUUGAACUUCAUGACGUUGGCCUUUCGCACAACAAUCCCCUUGACGGUUUACUUCACACAAUUCAUAUCACGCAUUUCUGUGGCGUUUGGGCGUACAAGAUACCUCGAUCAUGGCUCUGGUUUGCCACCUCGAAAAAAAAAACUUUGGGUUUUAAAUUCAUGAGCAAACAGGAUCACUAUAGUAAUCAGCAAGUUAGGGAAAUGCAUCAUUUGGGUGACCGACACGUCACAGAUGUACACUUCUUGCGUUUAUUGUUUUCUUCUUCUUUCUCAAAUGCGUAGCUAGCUUGCUGCCUUUUUCUGAUAUGUACUUAAUACGAAUACCCAAAUUUAUGAAUACUUUUAUGUGCUAUA